GCUGUUUUUACAUCCAUCUUCAAGUAUGAAUUCAAUCCAGAAAAUCAAUGCUAUAAACCAGAAGGAAUUGGAGAAUAACGUCAGCGACACUGCCUCUUGGCACGCCGAUUAUAGGGAUACCCCGUACGUUUAUAUUGGGUUUCUUCCCUUUGAACUCGAAGAGAAGGAUGUUCUCACCAUAUUUUCUCAAUACGGGAUCCCCACCCACAUCAACUUGGUGAGAGAUAGGGACUCAGGGAAGUCUCGUGGGUUCUGCUACUUGAAGUAUGAGGACUAUAGGUCGUGUGUGUUGGCGAUAGACAAUCUUAAUGGGGUUUCAGUGUUGGGGAAGAAACUUAAGGUGGAUCAUGUUUAUUUCCAAUUACGAGAUGGACAAAAUGAAGAUGAUUUUUUGGUUGAUUACUCCUUGGUGACACUGGAAAGAGCAGGAGAUGUUGAAGUUGAAGAGAAGAAGUUGUUAAAGCAUAGAGAAGAGGACCAGGGGAAAGAUCCAAUGGAUGAUUUUAAAGACCCAAUGGAUGACUUUAAAGAUCCAAUGGAGGACUUCAAAGACCCAAUGGAGGACUUUGAAGAUCCAAUGAGCGGGUAUUUGAAAGAUAAAAGUAAGGCGAGUAGAUCUAGUCGGUCCAGUAGAUCUGGGCGGUCUAGCAGACAUGAACAUAGGUCAAAACGGUCACAUAGAGACAAGGAUAGAGAGAGUUCAAGAUCUAAAGAUAAGGAUGGAGAAUCGUCAUCCAAAAAGCAUAAACCAGAGACAAAUUGAUGUAAUGACCUCUAUCGUCCCCUACGGGGUCAGCAAGCUGCUCCGCUGGCACUCCGUGGGCCACUAGCCGUGGAGGCUUUGUUCCUCUGACGAGGAAAUGGGUGCAGAGGUUCUCCUCGUAGAGGAGCUAAGCACCACGCAGUGGCUCUCCCCGAGUAGGGGCCUAGCGGAGCGUUGGUCAGGUACCACAGGGAAGAGAGUGGGUAAUCCUACGGGGUGUGCAAGCUGCUCCACUGGAACUACAUGGGCCAGUAGUGCUAGGAAGAUCCUUGAUACUCUGAGGAUGUACAUGCUACUUUUAAUAUUUCUAAACUAAUAUUU